CAGGUUCUCCCAGCACUUUUCCCAGGCUACAGCUGUGCCUUCCUGAAGAGAAGUCAAGUGCAAACAGCUCCACACUCCUGGGAGGAAGAGAAGGAAAACACAGAAAUCAGUGCUGUACCCUGGAGUUUGAGGCCCCAGGAACCCAGGAUCCAGGGGGUCUUCGGCGCUUGUCUGCUCAGGCGACAGAAUCUAGGAGACCAGGAGGGCAGCUGGGGCAAAAAAGGACUCGCUGCCAGAAACACUCCCCAACCAGAACCAGGGACAUGGACCAUAGAGAGGAAGCUCUCCGAGUCGAAGCUAGCACCGUGGUGUCCAAGGAGCUGCUGGAAGAAAUGGUUUGGUUUUUUCGUGUAGAAGAUGCAUCUCCCUGGAAUUAUUCCAUGUUCGCCCUGGCAGCUGUGGUGGUAGUGAUAAGCAUGGUACUCCUGGGAAGAAACAUUCAGGCAAAAAGAAAUCGAAAGAUGCAGCUACAAGAAAAAGAAACACCAGAAGUCCACUCUUUGGAUGAUGUUGGAAUCAAAGAAAACAACAGUCUAAAAGAAACACUAAUCUCAGAAAAGCCAAAUGUGGACCAAGUGGGAACUGAGCUAAAAGAAAAACGUGUUUCAUUGGUUCUCUUUCCAAACCCAUCAAAAACAGAGAGCUAGGGAGCAUUCAGAGCACGUGUCACCCCAAGUCAGGCACGUGACCAGGAUCUGAGCUCAGCACAGUGGCCUGAAACCCCUCACGUUUGACAGUCAUCCCCCAAAAAGGCUAGUGUUUUUAUUAGCAAAUAUGAUGCACUGGUGAAUUGCAAGCCAAUGAAAAUUUUAUUUAAAAUAUAUUUUAUUAAAAUGCUUCUGGAAGUGGGCAACUGGAAUUGCAUUGUUCUUUCAGAUGGUGGUGGUACACACACACACACACACGCACACGCACACAUGCACACACAAGUGGCUUGGAGCAAAAGUGUAAAAUCCCUAGCCAGCCUGUGGGCCAGGCUUAACAUGUGGUCUUGAGUAGUCCAUGCCUCCCUCUGACCUCAGCUUCUCCCUCUAUAGAAUGGGGCUGAACACUGGCUUAGAGUUUUCAGUCCACGCUCCUGAGACUGCUGGCUGGAGGGGUCAGAAUCCCCGCUCCAGCUCUUCUACUCACCAGAGCCCUCUCCUGUACCUGCUUAUCUGUUGAGGGUCCACGGUAUGUGGUUUGAAACAAUGGUACCUGCUGCCUCUGAGCCUUCUCUUGCUAACAGUGAGGUCCAGUGGGAGUAUCCUGAUCCCACAGCUGAGCCAUGGUGUUGUGGCAUAGCUGUGGUGGCAAUACCAAAUAAUUUACGUGAAAAUAUGCCUUAUUAACUCCAAAUGCUUUCAACACUCAGCCCUAUUGCUGAGGGUCCCGGGUCCUGCCAAAGGAGACCACAGACUACCGGUAUACUGUGUUUCUGCCUACAAGUGGGCAGGGCAGCAGUGCCCACCAAAAUGGCAUCUGCCCCAGCUGUGGGCUUCCUGGGGACUGUCAUUGGAGAGAAUGACUUUGUUCUGUAGCCUUGGUCAUUAAACUUGAAGAGGCUGGUCCUAAGGAUCUAUGGACAAAGCCCUU